AUGGCAUUUACCGAUGGCCUAAUAGACGCCAAGAGAUCGAAUACGAAAGAUGGUUUCAAUCAACACGAUCGGCACCAUCGUUGGAUGGAUAAGAGCCCGGGCGAGAAGGGCAUCACGAGAGUUUUGAGGAAUAUUUUGGCGAAAAAAAGAAAUACCAACAUUUGGGACCCUGAAGACAUAUUGGAAAACCACCAAAUCGCAAAUAAACAAUCGCUUUUGCCAGCAGGACGCAUUUCACCGUCGAUUCAGUUAAGUUCCAAACAGAAAGUCUACAUGAUUCUGCAUAGUCCACGGAUGGCUUCACAGCAUGAAUACCGCCAGCUAAACUCUAAAAUGUACCAGAAAGCAGAGAACCGACGAUUAGCGACAUCAAAGCCAAGGCCAUGCACGCUUAAAGAACAGUCUGGGGCAAGUUUCUAUGCCCCGAGGGCUAGCGAAGCCUGA